AUGCAGCGCAAACCGGUUGUCUCGAAAACUGAUUCCGCAAUUUUGAAGCCAGUCCAAGAGCGGAAAGCGUCGAACUUAUCCAGAGGCAAACCUUCGCCAUGUUGCAGCCGUAGCCGUAUUCCGGUGCGCCCGAAAAGUGCAACUCAUUGCUGUGGGGCAACGAAUCCACCUGAGCGCCGUCCAUGGUCCAGUAGCGUUUUCGUUGAUCGGAAAGCUUCCACCGGGCAUAGCGAGAAGCAUGAUCCAAAUCCUGUGAUUAAUCGGAAAUUGGGCCAUAUUCCUUCGUACAUAAAGAAGAAGCAUUCUACAGCAUCACUUGGGAAGCCCAUGAAUCAAGGGAAAACUGAAGACCGGCUUGAAGAUGAAGCUCCACCGCCACUUGUUCCCAGUGAAAUUGGCCAUACUGAGAAACGACUGCAAAGGGAAGGCACAUUCAACCGAAAGGAUGACGACAAAGGAGAAGUUGUUCCUACCGAUGUUGAGAAGCAGCUAGAAGAUGCGUUGAGGGACUUGACCGAAGAGAAGCAAAUGCUCCUGGCACAGAAUCAGUGGCUCCAGGAAGAAUCGGCGUUGCGGCUGAAGAUAAUUGAAACAGAGAGUCAGAGGAAUAAGCAGCUGGAGAUCACUUUGCAACAGAUGACCGAGAAAAUGGAUCGAAUGAGAAGUGAAAUCGUUGGCACUGAGAGCAUCGCCGAACUACAUCGUAACCGAGAUGAGCUGAGGCGUCAAGUUGAGAACCUGAUUACGGAAAACGCCUCCUUGAGGAAAGAGAACGAAACGUUUCGGAAACAGCAGAGCGAAGAUAUUCUGUGCUUGGAAGAGGAUUUUGAACCGAAUCAACCCAACCCGACGAUUGAACAUCUGGAACGGAAUCUGAAGAAGUAUCGUGCCGCCCGAAGGAAGUUGAAAGGAGUUAUCGAGAAGCUGAUUUCCGAAAACCAUCGCUUGCGAGAAUCUAUCGAGAACCACCGGAACGAAGGAUCAUUUGCCGAGAAUGAUGCAGUCGAAAUGAAGGUUAAUCCCCUAGAUGGGGAUGUCAGUGAAGACGAAGAGAUCAUCAACAGGACGAAUUACUUUGAAGAGCGAAGGAAACAGAAACGAUCCCAGCAGAAGUGCAUCGAUGUGAGGAAGUAUGCGUUGUGAUUUGAAGUG